CGCGGCUGCUGGAUCCUGGGGACUCCCCACGCCGGGAAUCUCCCGCCAGCUGCGCGCUGCGUCCCGGCGACGGCAGGAGCACGUGGAGCGGCCGGGGAGCCAGAGCACAACUCCAAUCCAAUCCAGCCCAGCCCAGCCCGGCGGCGAGAUGGAAGAUACAAAAACAAAUGUGGAACUGAAAAGCACUCAGGAACAGUCUGUGUCCACAGAAGGCCCAGUGAUUUUGAAUGACUACGAUUUAACCAAACCACAUGAAACAGAAAAUAUGGACAGUGCAGAAGGCCCAACAAAUGAAGAUGAAGAUCUAGGAGAUGAUUCCAUGAAAGUGAAAGAUGAAUAUACUGAAAGGGAUGAGAAUAUUUUAAAGCCAGAGCCCAUGGGAAAUGUGGAAGAGCCUGAAAUUCCAUACGGCUAUUCAAGAGAAUAUAAUGAAUAUGAAAACAUUAAGUUGGAAAGACAUGUUGUGUCAUAUGAUAGUAGCAGGCCAACCAGCGGCAAGAUGAACUGCGACGUGUGUGGAUUAUCCUGCAUUAGCUUCAAUGUCUUGAUGGUUCAUAAGCGGAGCCAUACUGGUGAACGCCCAUUCCAGUGUAAUCAGUGUGGGGCAUCUUUUACUCAGAAAGGUAACCUCCUCCGCCACAUUAAACUGCACACAGGGGAAAAACCUUUUAAGUGUCACCUCUGCAACUAUGCAUGCCAGAGAAGAGACGCACUCACAGGUCACCUUAGGACACAUUCUGUUGAGAAACCCUAUAAAUGUGAGUUUUGUGGAAGGAGUUACAAGCAGAGAAGUUCCCUCGAGGAGCAUAAGGAGCGCUGCCGUACAUUUCUUCAGAACACGGAUCUGGGUGAGACUGCAAGUGCGGAGGCAAGACACAUCAAAGCAGAGAUGGGAAGUGAAAGAGCUCUCGUUCUGGACAGAUUAGCAAGCAAUGUGGCAAAACGAAAAAGCUCAAUGCCUCAGAAAUUCAUUGGUGAGAAGCGCCACUGCUUUGACGUCAACUAUAAUCCUAGCUAUAUGUACGAGAAAGAGAGUGAGAUAAUCCAGACCCGGAUGAUGGACCAAGCCAUCAAUAAUGCCAUCAGCUACCUUGGUGCCGAAGCCCUGCGCCCCUUGGUCCAGACCCCACCUGCUCCCACCUCAGAGAUGGUUCCAGUUAUUAGCAGUAUGUAUCCCAUAGCCCUCACCCGUGCCGAAAUGCCAAAUGGUUCCCCCCAAGACCUAGAAAAGAAGAAUAUCCACCUGCCAGAGAAGAGCUUGCCCUCUGAAAGAGGCCUCUCCCCCAACAAUAGUGGCCAUGACUCCACGGACACGGACAGCAACCACGAAGAACGCCAGAAUCACAUCUACCAGCAAAAUCACAUGGUUCCCCCUAGGGCCCGCAAUGGGAUACCACUUCUGAAGGAGGUCCCCCGCUCUUAUGAACUCCUCAAGCCCCCACCCAUCUGUCCGAGAGACUCCAUCAAAGUGAUCAGCAAAGAAGGGGAGGUGAUGGAUGUGUAUCGGUGUGACCACUGUCGAGUCCUCUUCCUGGAUUACGUGAUGUUCACUAUUCACAUGGGUUGCCACGGCUUUCGUGACCCUUUUGAGUGUAACAUGUGUGGAUAUCGAAGCCAUGAUCGGUAUGAGUUCUCGUCUCACAUAGCCAGAGGAGAGCACAGAGCUAUGCUAAAGUGAACAUCUGGUCCCAGAGAUGAUUUAUGCCUGAGCAUUCGACAUCAUUUGUAGAAACCGACACCCCACCUAACAAGUUAUUCUCCAAACAAACUCAGUUCCAAACCCCUUUCCAUACCACUUUUAGUGUCCAAAGGGUCAAGUUCACAUGGACAACAGAGAAAUGCUGUCUUCAUUCAGAAAUUGUUUGCAGAUAUAUCAUGUUAUUCUUGUGAGACCUUUGUUUUCUCAUCGGGGACUUGAGUUUUUAUGACAUUUAAAAGCCAAUGAAGUAUUUGGUCAUUACCUUUUGCAGCAAUAGAACAAGCAGUCCUUGGAGUUUGUUGCCAGUCAAAAGAGUCCCCCAGCUGUGCUGCAUGAGACUUCCUUUCUGAGAUACAAUGUCAUACGUGGAAAAGUCAUUCACCCAGGUCCACAAGAAGAGCUCACCAGCUAACCUCGGUGGGAAGACAUGCCCUUCUGCACUUAACAGAGGCUGAAAGUCUAGGAUAUAAUCUCCUCGUCCCUAAUUAGAGUCUAAUAGUAAGGAAAAGAACAGUGAUAAAAUAAGUAUCUGUUACCAGUUACUGAAGACCCCAGUUUCCAAGCAGCAGACCCAUUUCUUAUCACACAAGGAAAAAAAAAUCAAGUUAUUCGAUGAUACUUCUGCUUCUACCCUCCCAUACCAAUUAAAAAGCUGCUUUGGGUUAAACCAGUCCUGUAUAAGAGAAAUUCUAUACCAGAAGAACUAAUGGUUUUAAACAUAGACUAUCAUUGAAACUUCACGAAGUUGUCUGUUAAGGCAUCCAUUUCCCGUGGUCGAGAAUGGCAGAACUGGACUCUGAGGGGGAAAUAGUUUAGCAGCACCCCAGGAGGAGGGGUGCAGCUAUGCGAACGUUCUUGGUCUCCUUCAUGGAGCAUUAGUAUACAGACCUAAGGCAAACUUGCCGAUGAUUUUUUUUUUUUUUUUACAGAAAACAGACAAUCCAAAAAGCAUGACUUAGUCUCCCCUUGCCCACAGGAGAGGAAUCAGGGACAGAUAUCAUGAGUGUUGUUUCGGUCAGUGUUAAGCUUCCUGAAGAAGUGAAGAGAGGCGUACCUCUGCUGACAGGUUCUCCUUCAUCAAGGCGGAUAGGGUUUUCUCCCUGUUUUAAGCUGCUGUAUGCCAGGAAGAUUCCUGAAAGUCUGCUCUUGGUUCUGCAGAUCUAUUGGCCAGCUUUGUCAUUAAUUAUGAGAUAUAUGCUAUCAAGGAAAAAGUGCAGGGAUAAUUGUAAAAUUAGUACUGCAGUAGAGGUCCCAAAAUCUGUUUGCAAAUUCCAUAGUGGCUGCUAAUUAGCUAUAUGACUUUGGGCAAAUCACUAAACUCUUAAAACUAAGUUUCUUCAACAAUAAAGAAUUGGGCUUAGAUGCUCUCUAAGGUCCCUUCCAGCUUUAACUUUAUGUGAUUAUGCUGUAACCCCAGUUAUCUUUUAAGCCUUUUCAUGUAUGGGUAUUAAGCAGGAGAAUAUGUAUAUGAAUACCUGUUUCACAUUUCUUUGGUGUGAAAAUGGUAGUGUUAAAUUUUUCCUUUAACUACUGAGUUGUGAAUGUGAAGAGGAUGGUGGGGAGGAACAAAAAACAGGAAGGUAUUUUGAUCUUGCCCCAAAGUAUACACACAAAGUGACACCUGCCACUGCUUUGCCAAAGCCUUUUUUUUUUUUU